AACAUUCAGAGAUCGCACCUUUGUAAACCGGAUUUUUUCCAUUGAAAAUUGACCUUGAGACUCUCCUUUUCGAGUUUACUCUACAUACUUUUGGAAUUUGGCAGCGCCAGCCAACCGGACGCAGAAAAAUGUGUUGUGAUGUGCACGCUUGUCGAUGAUAAAUUAUCUCUUAGGUGUAGAUGUUUUUUGGUGCCAGCUGUGUAGGAAGUGUGCCAGUAGAAUGGGCAAGCUCUUGUCAAAAAUCUUUGGCAACAAGGAGAUGCGCAUUCUUAUGCUGGGGCUGGAUGCUGCUGGGAAGACAACUAUAUUGUACAAACUCAAAUUCGGUCAGUCUGUGACUACGAUACCGACCGUAGGAUUCAACGUUGAAACAGUUACAUACAAAAACGUCAAAUUUAAUGUGUGGGAUGUGGGAGGUCAAGAUAAAAUACGUCCCUUGUGGCGCCACUACUACACAGGAACUCAAGGACUAAUUUUCGUAGUGGAUUGUGCGGAUAGGGAUCGAAUUGACGAGGCCCGUCAAGAACUUCACCGAAUUAUAAAUGACAGAGAGAUGCGCGAUGCCAUUAUUCUUAUUUUUGCCAAUAAACAGGAUCUUCCAGGCGCGAUGAAGCCUCACGAGAUCCAGGAGAAAUUAGGAUUAACGAGAAUACGAGAUAGGAAUUGGUAUGUUCAACCAUCCUGUGCCACAACGGGGGACGGACUGUAUGAAGGCCUUACGUGGUUGACUAGCAAUCAUAAAUUAUGAACAAAUAGUUAGUCACGUUCUGAUGGUUUCAAGCAGGGAUUACACGCCUGCCUCGUGUUUCAACUUAACCGUUACACAGAUUGAGGCUCCAAGAAAAACAAAAAAUCAGUAGAACUUUGUGUGAUGAGAAUCUUUCAUCGAUCGUAAAGCCAGCAAAGGCAAAAAAACGUUAUAUUUAAUAAUGUGGUGUUCUAGUAUUAUUGGCAGUAGGCAAACGUUGAUUUACUAUGAGCGAGGUACCAAAAAAAAAAGAGGGAAACUUGCGUGGAAUUUCGUUAUUAGCUUGUUUCUUCACGGUCUCUCCAGACUUACAAUUAGAACCUUGUAAUACGAAAUAGAGUAAGUCUGGUCCAAAGCGACCCUGAUCUAGCUUUUGUACAUGUUUUCCGUGUAUUGUUUUGAAAUAGAAGUGCCCUAUACAUCAAAGGAUGUACCUCGCGUCUAUUGGGAAUGGCCAAAUUGCGACGCGCCAUCUGGUGACAAAAAUAAGAAGUAGAAAGAGUUCUAAUUUUAAAGAGGCAUUUUAAUUUGCAUAUUAAACUGCUUUUACGAUUGUUUGAUGGAUUUUUGGCCAAAUAUGAAAGUAAAUUUCUCUUAAUAUUUAUACAUGCGAUAUUUACUAUCUAAAAAAUUUAACCUAAAAGUUAGGUUUGAAUUUUUAUUUCAAAUACAAUAUUCUAUUAUUCAUAUUAUUUGUAUAAUAUGAAUCAAUUUUUGCGCCUUAAACUCCACAAAACAAUAGUAAAAGCAUUUUUAUGCACAAUUUAAACUGAAUCUAAUCCUAAUCUUUCUAGUUCUGAUGUUUGACACUAGAUGGUGAAAUGAUCGAUCGCCAUUACCAAUAAUUUAUCUUAAAUUUUAUGUGGAUUUCUGACUGAGACUGUUUCAUAAACAGUAUCUGUAACUCCUUUCAGUAUGUUGCACUCUAUCAGAUAAAUUAUAUAUACAAAUUAGGAAAUAUAUAGUUGAAAAGUUUGACCACGUAUACCUGAUAAAUCUUGAAAAAAAUCGGCAGCAAUUGUCAAACUUUUGAUCUAUGUAGCUUCACAUGGAGCGUCCAGGUACGUUAAAUCGAUAUUCGACCAUGAGCACUUGCCUCCAUUCUCCCUGAUUCCAUGUACGUUACGAGUAUUAUAGAAGAUUCUUUCCACAUCAAGAUACUAUUUGCGGAGCGUGUAUCUCUAAGAUUGAAAAUUUGUCACAAUGAGGUGUAUAAAAUUGUUUGUUUAAUAGUUAAUAAGGUCCUUGUAAGCUAAAGUUCAUAGGUUUACGGAGAACGAUGAAUAAUAUCACAGGGGCUUAUUUAUUCAUUACCGUUAAUAGCUCAAAGUACCAAUAAUACAAGCAACAAAACAUAAUCCUUAUUAUAUUACGUUUUUUAAUCUAUUAAAAUUUACUAAGUAAUUUUAGACCUGACGACCAUUGUUGUUGUAUAUUCCAUGCACCAAAAAAAAAACAUACUAGAAUUUCAUUCUAGAUUCCUUUACUUUCCAAAUUAAGAGUGCUUAACACAAGUAUGUAUUAAGCAAUUAUUUCUAAGCCUGUGCUUACUCAAAAUUAUCAUGAACAUUAAAUUAGCUAUUUUUCUAGGCAAAAUUAAUAUUAAAUUCAAAGGUUCCCUGCAAGUCAAGUUUUUUUUCUCAUGAUUCUGUGCCAAAAAGCCCGUUUGAAAAUACAACGAUAUCUUUAUUUAUACAAUCGAAAGAAAAAAUUUAAUUUUACAUCGAAGUGUACAGCUUGUAUAGCUCAAAAAUAAAUCUAGACAUUUCAACUUCUCUGUGUGUAAUAUUCGUUCAGGAUUUUUGAUCUGCGAGGAAUCUUUGCGUAUUUGUCUAUCCAAAGAUUGGAGAAAUCGCACAAUCCCUAAAAAAUACUCUUUAUGUUAGUAUUGCACUUGAAGAAAAGAUUAAAAAACGACGCUGGUUUGAUUAUUUUGUACUCCUCCUUAUUUACGCUUCGAUCUUUUUUUUUCUUUGAAACAUGGUGUAGUUAAUUUUAUAAGAUCAAAUUAUUUACUGAAAUUUUAUUUUUUUACUUAGGUCCUCCCCUUUCCCAGCGGAGACGUAUUUUUUCGAAGAGCUCUUGGUUAUCUAGGAUAUUUAUUUCUAAGUUUAAUUUGGCACCCUCGUCGCUCACAAAGACUGGAAUUAUUCUAAUAUCCUCAAUGUAAUGAAAAUUGUACAUCCAGUUCAUAUGGCGACAGAAAGAAAUUGUGCAGGUAUACAUUUAUAAUGUCCCAACGCAACGCGAGUGGUUAAAUUAAAGAAUUGUUCCACAUUAGAAUGUAAUUGUACAUAAUAUUGAUUCUGUACUAUUGAUUGAUAAUACCUUUCUUAGUAUUAAUUACUCCUGGAACAAUGUAACUUUACUUUAAUGUUAUUUAAACGAAAAACUUAAUAUACCAUUCAGAUUAUAAACAAAGAUCUACAAUUUAACUCCCUUUUGCGAAUAAUUUCGGAAUUAAACUUGCAAUUUUUGGAUGGGCAAUAAGAAUAAAAUUCAAAAUUAUAUCAAGUACUUUGCUCAAAUAGAAAAAAUUCAAAAAAUGAAAAGGUUUUUCAAGUUGCCCAUCAAGUCAUUUAAGUGAGCAUAUUUUUUUAAGUCUGCUUCAAGUAAUUUACUUAGUUUUUGUAUGGGUUCAAUAUUCGAAGGACUUUUUGCCAUUUUUUUAAAUAGAGUAAAAAGGUAGGUUUUUCAUUUUCUGUUGAUAAUGGUGUAUUGAAAGUUGGAAAAAAAUGGAGAGACUUAAAGAAGGCUUACUUUUUUUAUGUUGCGUAUAAAUUGACAUUAAAUUUCUUGCGUAAAAGGAGGAGACUGCGUGCCAAUAUUGUAAAACGAAUUCUACAGUUUUGUUUCUGUCACAUUUUUGUAGUCUUUUUCUCAGAAAAAAAGAUAACAUUUUAUAUUCUAUACCUUUGUUGAAGCAAAUAAACCAGAUCCAUUUAUC